AUGGAGGCCAGGGGCUCCGGCGAAGGGAGCUCUGCGGCGGAAGGCGGCCGGCAGCUGCAGCCGAACUUGUCCAUGGAGGAUCGAGCCUUUCUGGACGAGUUCGGACGCCGGAUCUCCAUGGCCGUGGGCUCUUCGGCACUUUUGGGCGGCACCGCCUUCUAUGCACUUUCCAGGCAGCUGGGCUUCCGACGACGGGGUCUGUGGACAACGCUCGGUGCCACGUUGUGUCCGAGUCUCGCGUGGUACGCCGUGGUCUCCGGUGAGCGUGCCAGAGUAAUGGAUCUAGGCCGGAAGCUGCAGUUCGAUGUCGCCAGCGACCUCCAGCCUCCAGCCAUGUCGCAGAACUCCGGCGACGAGGCUCUGGCGAAGCUGUUUCCACCGCCACCUUCGGCCGCAGCCGGGCACGGGAUCCUCCCGCAGUUGCCGAGCCGCCCCUCCGGGGGACCCCCCGGGAGCCCCUUCUCGCCGCCUGGCGGAGUGCCUCCAGGCCUCAGCCUUGAACUCCUCCGGGCUCGGCUGUGGGCUGCGAGAACUGCUUUGCUGCGAGUGCCGUGUCUCAGGAGCUCGGUUCCCUGGAAGCUGACGCCGGGUCUGACGCCGUCUGAGGCCGCGGAGCCACAGCCUCACGAUCACAUCGAGAAGCCGGAGAAGUACUCGGCGGAGGACCUUCACGAGGCAAAGCCCCCUUCCGGGACGGAGAGUUCCGAAGCGCGCGAUCCCAGUUGGCAGAAAACGUCCAGUGCCGCGCUCCGUGCGGGCGCGAAGACCGCGCCGUGCACGCCGCGCUGCCGAACUCCCGAAGGCGAGCAGGACACCUCCUUGGCCCGGGGCCGCUCACGAAGCGCCCGAAGCGCCCGAAGCGCCAGCGCGCCAUGCCGCAUUGACAGCGUUCGCCCUCGCCUGGAGGGCUCUAAAGCUGCGGGCGAAGAAGGCGCCGAGGUCCAAUGCGACCCCGAGCUUGGAGAUGCCCACGGCGGCCCGGAAGGCGGCCUCGGCGAGCCGCAGCCGCUACCGCCUUCAAACCUGGAGUCCAACGCGACUUCCUCGGCCUCGCCGGCUUCGCCGGCUAAAGGCAGCUCAGUCGAGGCCCCGCUUGGACCGAUGCCCACGGUGCCUGCGGUGCAAGUGUGCGUGCGUAUGCGGCCGCUGCUGGCGUGGGAGCGAGCUGAAGGCUACAAGGAAAGCGCCAUGGAAGUGAGGGAGAGCCCCAGUGGGGGCAUGGGCAUCUGCAUGCAAACGGAGGGUCGGCGAAAUCGGCACUUUCAGUUCAAUUCCGUGAUUGGUCCCGAGAGAUCUCAGCAGGAGGCCUGGGAGAUGUCCAAAAUCGACUCGGUUAUCUCCAAGGUUUGCAAGGGUUUCAAUGCCACGGUCUUCGCCUACGGACAGACGGGCACCGGGAAGACCUUCACUAUGGAGGGCUUCGACUACGACACGAGCCAGGCCGCCCCCUCCUCGACUGCCACAUCCUCGGCGCGGCCGAGGGUCAAGGCUCGUUCCACACCUUCGGAGCAGCUGGGCAUGGUGCCCCGAGCGGUGCGAGCGCUGUUCGAGAAGUUACAGACUCGUCGGUCCGAGCCGCCCGACGGAACGAACGGAGCAAACGGAGCUGACAGCUGUGGGGACGAAACUCGCGGCGUCUCCGGUGUCGUUGUCCGCGUGUCGUUUCUGCAGAUCUACAAGGAAAAGAUCUUCGACUUGCUCAAUCCAGUCUCGAGCGUGUCCCAGCGUGAAGCCGCGCGCGCUGGCGAGGACUUGGGUGGGCUUCGUAUGCGCUGGGAUGCAAUGAAGCGGCACUUCUUCGUGGAAAACCUGUUCCAAUACGAGUGCGGCUCAGCAGACGAGGCUUUGCAGCACUACCAGGACGGUAUCGCCAACAAGCAGGUGGCAUCGACCACCAUGAACGUGGCUUCCUCCAGAUCGCACACCCUCCUGGUUUUCACAGUGCUGCGAAGGGAGGGAUUGGAAUCUGGCCAGGGUCGAGAAGUGGUUUCUCAGCUGUCUUUGGUGGAUCUGGCGGGCUCUGAGCGGACCCUGGCCAGCACGGAUACGACCCAGAGUCAGAGUGGUGCUCGGUUUGUGGAGGCAGUCAAUGUCAAUCAAUCGCUGUUUGUCUUGCGCCGGGUGAUUACUGCUCUAAGCAAACGGGACAGCCAGAAUGCGACUGACCAUACACAUGUGCCUUACCGCGAGUCAAAGCUCACGUCUCUGCUUCAAAACAGCUUGGGUGGCAAUAGCUACUUGAUCAUGUUUGCUUGCCUGGCAGCAUCGGAACGACAUGAUGAUGAGAAUCUGAGUACCUUGCAGUAUGCAUCUCAAGCUGCCUGCAUCAGAAACGAGCCACAGGUCAAUAUUGAUCCCAAGGACCGGAAAAUCCAGGAAUUGGAGGCCAAGCUGUCUAUCGCUCACGGAUACCUCCUCCAAGCUCUUUCUCUGACAGAACUGCCAAGCGACUUGUUGGAGAAGGAAAGAGCAGCCGCAGUUAGCGCCUCUGGUGCCACUGGCAAGUUCAGGCCUUCCAGAAAGGACCGACAGGUUCCGCAGCCUCCGCAGCCUCCGAGGGAGAAGAUGGAGAAGACUGCCCCUCUGCCCCCGCGAUCGCGCUUCAGCUCGAAGGAGAAGGUCGCAUCCCCGACAACCUCGACGGCCACAAGUUGGAGCAAGAGUGAAGAAGGGGAGCGAGGAGAUGGCACCGCGGCGGCCACCGCCGCCACGUUGGCAAGAGAAGGCUUGCUUGGAUCCCAGCGCUUGGAACCUCGGAAGCAUCCAAAAGCCCCCAAGCCCCCGCGCGAUGGCCCGAGCUCCCUCGGCGACCGUCUCGGCCUCUCUGCCCGAAAUCCGCGUUCUUCGACCUUCUCACGGCUGCUUCAAGGUGAAAAGUCGCCGAGAAGCUCCGACUGGCCUUUCUUUGCCCGAAAGCCAAGGACCGAAGGUUCGGAGCUUUUCGCGGCGGUGGAGGAUGUGCUCCGCAGCUACGACGGGGCUUCUGACGCCGAGCCCCGAAACCCUUGGGCGGCAGCGCUGCCUCCAAUGGCGAGCCGGCGGAAGGAGAGCGCAGCCAAUUCAGCUCGAAGGCCGUCGUCGUUGCCUCCUGUGGUCCCGGAGCUCGAGAACGAAAUCGGAGGUGACUCUGCGCCGUUGCCACCUUUGCCCUGCAAGCUGUGGCCAAGAAAGCCUGAGGCACCCCUUGUCAUCUCGGAUGCCCCUGCCGCAUCUGCUCCUGGGCAGCCGGAGGCCUUAGAGCCAGAGGCUGCAGGGAAGCAAGGAGAUGAUGCUGGCUUUGAUCUACCAGCUCCUCCGGAAGAGGCCGGCAACGCUGGAGUCAACGAUGAGGCACAGGAGCUGUCAACAUGCCGACGGGACCUUGCCGCAGCACAGCAGCGGCUACAGGAGCUUGAGCUGGAAGCCAAGCAGAUGCCCACCGAGCUCACGAAGCUUCGUGCAGAGAACACGCAGUUGAUGAGCGAGCUCCAGGUAUUCUACAAGGCCAUGGAAAGCAAAGAGCCACAGGAUGCGACGAAGCAGCGGCUCGAGAAGUUCCACUCGCAGCUGGUCUUGGAAGCUGCAUCGCUUCGGAACGAGGUGGCUGGCCUGAAACGGAAGCGCUGGGUGAUCCAGGCCGUGCUGGCGAAUGGUGGGGAGAGCGAGGACCGGGUGAUCAAAGAGGAGCUCCAGAAGCUUCGCCAGAAGAAGAGCGAGGAGCAGCCCGAGCAGCUCCCGGAGCAGCCGAGCCUCAAAGGCUGA